CAUCUCCAGGCGACGAUAGACUCUUGCUUCGCGCCAAGCAGUUGAAGGAUUUCAUUACUUUUACUAACUAACCUGAACCUAAACUGCGAGAAAACCUGUUCGUAAUGGAUAUCAGGCGGUUCUUUCAACCGACCUCAGCCAAGCCUGCGGUGCAGAAAGCAGCCCCGAAUGGAAACAUUAAAACAGAGGAGAAGAAGAAGAAAAACCCUCUGUCUUCAGACGAAGAAGUGAAGAAGAAGAAGAAGAAAGAGACAGCCAAGGUCCAGAGCUCCAAACCAGAGGAGAAACGCAAGGAUAGCGAGAAAAAACGCAAGAAGCACGCAGUCAUAGAAUCAGAUUCGGAGGAUGAGGAGCUAGUGAAGAAGUCAAAGAAAUCCCCCAAAGAGAAACAGAAGAUGAGCAAGACAGAGCCACCUCCCAAAAAAGAUCCUGUGCAGUAUGUCUCUGAAACAGACUCGGACAGUGACAACUUUCAGUCCUUGAAGAAGGUCCCUAAACCCAAUCACAACGGCACGGCCAAACUGACAAAGUCAGACGCAGGGGGUGCUCGUCCAGGAGCCAAAGAGGGGCUGAAGUCUCCUGUCAAGCCCUCCUCCACGCAGGGGAAAUCUGCAGUGAAGUUCCCUGUCACCCCGAAGUCAGCCCCGCCUCCUCAGCCCAAACAAACCCCCACCUCAGUUAUGGACUACUUCGGCAGUACGGCUGUCCAGCGCUCCGAUAAGAAGCUCGUCGCCAGCGUCAAACGAAAGGCCCCGACUCAGGACACAGACGAUCUGAUAAGUGAUGAACAAAUCGCCAGAGAGCUGCAGAUGGAUGAGGACAUGGAGCUGGAAAAGCAGGUCCAUGAGGAUGAGGAGUUUGCCAGAACGCUGGCCAUGCUGGAUGAGGAGCCUCAAGCGAAGAAGGGUGCAGAGAACUGUUUGGAGGGCUGUGUGUUUGUGGUUACGGGGGUCCUGGAGUCCAUGGAGAGGGAUGAAGCCAAAUCCCUCAUUGAGCGCUAUGGAGGCAAGGUGACGGGCAACAUCAGUAAGAAGACCACCUACCUGGUGCAGGGCAGAGACGGCGGAGCCUCGAAGCUCGACAAGGCGGAGAGUUUGGGUACCAAGAUCCUGGAUGAGGAUGGUCUGUUGGAGCUGAUCAGAACCAAACCAGGAAAGAAGUCCAAGUACGAGAUCGCUGCAGAGACUGAGAGCAAAGCCUCAACGACCAGGACUCCCCCAAGCAAGACCUCAAAGAGCACCCCCAAAGCCCAGAAGGUCUCUCCCUCCAAGGGUAAUUCCAGGUCCCCUCACACCCCGAGUCCAUCAAAAACUGGCCUGACACAAGGCCAUGAUGCUAGGACCAGAGGGGGCGGCACUCCAUCUGGGAGAGGCUCAGGUCACUCAGCCCGGAGGGAGCUGGGUCUUCCCUCCUCCGCUUCUUCAUCAUCAGACCCCGAUACGUCACAGACUGGAGAAGGUUCCAGUUUGCUGUGGGUGGACAAGUACCGCCCGCGCUCUCUGAAGACUGUGAUUGGCCAGCAGGGAGACCAGAGCUGUGCCAAUAAGCUGCUACGCUGGCUGCAGAACUGGCACCGACACCACAGCGGGGGUCCUUCCAAGCCACCAGUAGCAAGGUUCAGUAAGUUUGGAGGAGGGAAAGAUGACGGAUCAGGAUACAAAGCUGCUCUGCUCUCUGGACCGCCGGGGGUCGGGAAGACCACCACAGCUGCCCUGGUCUGUGAGGAGUUGGGCUUCAGCUUCGUGGAGAUGAACGCCAGCUGCACUCGCAGCAAAAACAGCCUGAAGGAAGUUGUCGCAGAGUCACUAAACAACACCAGCAUCGAGAACUUCUACAAAGGCACAUCUCAGACAGUGAGCAGUAAACAUGUCCUGAUCAUGGAUGAGGUUGAUGGCAUGGCUGGCAACGAGGACCGUGGAGGAAUCCAGGAGAUGAUCGGCCUGAUCAGAAAUUCAAAGAUUCCCAUCAUCUGCAUGUGCAACGAUCGGAACCACCAGAAGAUCAGAUCACUGGCCAACUACUGCUUCGAUCUGCGCUUCCAGAGGCCGCGAUUGGAACAGAUCAAGGGAGCCAUGAUGUCCAUCGCUUUCAAAGAGGGAAUCAAGAUCCCACCCCCAGCUCUUAACGAAAUGAUCCUAGCCUCCAAUCAGGACGUCCGACAGGUGAUCCACAACCUGAGCAUGUGGUCGGCCAAAGACAAGGUGAUGACGUACGACCAGUGCAAGUCCGACGCAAACAGAGCCCGCAAGGACAUGAAACUGGGACCGUUUGACGUUUGUAGGAAGGUGUUUGCUGCAGGGGAGGAGACCAACAUGAGCCUCAUGGACAAGUCUGACCUCUUCUUCCACGACUACUCGCUAGCGCCGCUCUUUGUCCAAGAGAACUACCUGCAUGUUCGGCCAAAGGCUGCUGGUGGUGACCUGAAGUCCCACCUGGUGUUGCUCAGCAAGACAGCUGACUCCAUCUCUGACGGAGACCUGGUGGACAGACGGAUCCGCUCUGGACAGAACUGGUCGCUGCUGCCCACCCAGGCCAUCUAUGCCAGCGUGUUACCAGGCGAGCUCAUGAGAGGCUACAUGAAUCAGUUCCCCAUCUUUCCCAGCUGGCUCGGCAAGAACUCCUCCACCAAUAAACAUUCCCGCAUUGUGCAGGAGCUGGCCUCACACAUGGGUUUAAAGACAAUGAGCAGCAGACAGGCGGUGAACCUGGACUACCUGCACUACCUGCGGCAGGCGCUGUUGAGCCCACUUCAGAGGCACGGGGCAGAGGGCGCCAGCGAGGCUGUGCAGCUGCUGGACGACUACCAGCUCAUCAAGGAGGAUGUGGACAGCAUCAUGGAGAUCAGCGUCUGGGGCGGACAACCUGACCCCUACUCCAAACUGGACUCUAAGGUGAAGGCAGCAUUCACACGGACCUACAACAAAGAAGUUCACAUGACGCCGUACUCCCUGCAAGUAGUGAAGAAGGGCCGCCGUGGUGGCGGGGGGGAGUCAGAGUUGGGAGGCGAGGACGCGGACAACGAAGUGCAGGAGUCUGAGGACGAAGGGGAGGGCCUCAAGGCCGAUGCCAUGAUCAAACAGCAGAAGGCCAAAGCCACUAAGGAGUCAAAGAAGCCGAAGAAGGAAGAUUCUGGGAAGGGCAAGGGAAAAGGCAAGGGCAAGAAAUGACCGAUGACCAGAGGAGGAAAACAAACUGUCUCCCUCAGCAACCACAGACUAAUAUUUCUCUUUGCACUUGCAACGAUCCUUUAAUGAUCAUCAAGUAGUGAAAGUGGUCUUAACCUCUGCAGGUAACUCAUCUGUCCCUCAUCCAAACACUUUACUUCAACCACACUUGACUGAGAAAUGUCUUUCCUGUUUUUUAACUUCCUGUCCUGUUUCCAUCUGAACGUCUCUAUACUGAACAAAUGAUGCAUAUUAUCUGCUUAUUGCACCCAUCAUCAUGUCCGUAAGCCUCUUUAUUAAUAUGUGUCUCAGCAGGAGCAGGGUACAUUUCUUCCGUCAUUAGUUUGUGAUCAAGUGGUCGAGGUUGUAAAUAAUGUGAAGUAAAAGACUGUUGCUUUUUGUUACAACUACAAUACAGGAAUGCUUUAGCUCGACGGUUAGCACUGAUGCUCCUGUAAACUGCAAUUUUGUAAAGAUUUCAUGAGAAUUAAUAGAGAAAUAUGUCACUCAUGAGUGUCUGUGAUAUAUGUAUAUACAUUUUUCCCCGAAAGAACUUUUUAGAAAGGUUUUGAGAUUUAAAAUCAAAUGUUGAGAUACCACCUGCUCUGAAUAUACAUUGAUACUGUUCUCAGAAAACCUGAUUAGUCAUCAUAUCAAAUCCAGCCACUCAAAAGACAAACCAAUUAUUUGA